CAGACGAAGGGAAAUAGUAAUAGUAGUAGUAAUAGUAGUAGUAGUAGUAGUAGUAGUAGUAGUUCUUUUUCCUCUGCCUCUUCUUCGUCUUCUUCUUCGCUUUCCUUUGCAUUAUCAUCCUCUUCCUCUUCUCAGUCUUCUUCGUUUUCCUCUUCAUUCUCUUCUCAAUCUUCUUCGUUCUCCUUUUCCUCCGUCUUCUUCAUUUUUUUCUCUACGUAUUCUUCCUCUUAUUCUUCCUCAUAUUCGUCUUCUUUAUUUUCCGCUACUCAUGUUCCUUCAUCCUCUUCGUCUUCGUCUUCCUUUACUUCUCCGUCUUCGUUUUCCUCCUCCUCCUCCUCCUCCUCUCCUCUUCUUCCCCACCUCCUAUCGUCAUCAGUUCCCCGUUUUCCUCACAAUCGUCUCUGUUCCUCAAUGUUAUCGCGUCCGCCCUCAUUUCCGUUUUCCUCUCCACCUUUCGCCCGUCAUUUAGUCUGA